CACAACAUGCUUCUAUUUAAACAACCAUCAUUCUAUCGAACAUCAUCCCAUACCACAAAACCUGAACUUCCAUACACACUUCCUCCCAUUCUCCAUGGCAACGACCAUAAGCUCUUUUCUUGAUGAAGACAUGAUCAGUUUGAGGGGUAAUACUCUCCUUGCCAUGUUUGAAUCUUAUAACUUGAACACCAGUACACUACUAUUGUAUGCUGUAAUAACAUUUAUAACGCUUGGAGUUCUGACGUGGACUUUGUCAUGUCCUGGAGGUCCAGCAUGGAAAAGGGGCCGCAACUGUAUUGGCUUUGUUUCCAUUCCAAGUCCCAAAGGACUUCCAAUCUUUGGCAGCUUGCUUGGUUUGGCUCAUGGCUUGCCUCAUCGAACCCUUGCAUCCAUGGCUCAAACUAGCCAAGCAGCAUCCCAGCUCAUGGCUAUCAGCUUAGGGUCCACCCCUACUGUGGUAGCCUCAGACCCACAAACCGCUCGUGAAAUCUUGACCUCCCAACACUUUUCCAACCGUCCUAUUAAGCAGUCGGCGAGGUUACUUAUGUUUAACAGAGCUAUUGGGUUUGCACCCAAUGGAUCCUACUGGAGGCUCUUGAGAAAAGUUGCCUCAUCUCAUCUCUUUGCUCCCAGGAAAAUUUCCGCCCAUGAACCUGCACGCAGCCUGGAAUGCAUCUCCAUGCUAAAUGAUAUUAGUAAGGAACAAUCGUUGCAUGGAUUUGUUGUAUUAAGAAAGCACUUGCAAGCUGCUUCUUUGAACAACAUAAUGGAAAUUGUUUUUGGCAAAAGCUACAACAAAGUUGGGGAUGUUGAUGAAUCAAUGGAGCUACAGAAGAUGGUAAGAGAAGGAUUUGAGCUUUUAGGUGCAUUCAACUGGUCUGAUCAUUUGCCUUGGUUGAACUACUUUUAUGACCCAUUUCGCAUCAAGGAACGAUGCAUGGCUCUUGUUCCCCAAGUCAAGAAAUUCAUCAAGAAGAUAAUAAAUGAACACAAACUCAGAGGCUCGGUUAAUCUCCAAGACGAUUCAGACUUCGUUGAUGUUUUGCUCUCUUUAGAUGGCCAAGACAACCUUAGUGAGGAUGAUAUGGUGGCCAUUCUAUGGGAAAUGGUAUUUCGAGGCACUGAUACAAUUGCUCUUCUAACCGAAUGGGUCAUGGCUGAAUUAACGAUAAAUCAAGGCAUUCAAUCCAAGCUUCGAUUUGAACUUGACAGCUUUAUAGAAAACAAAAGCACCAAUAAUGAUCAUGCAGAUAUAACCAAGCUUCCCUACCUUCAAGCUGUUAUUAAAGAAACCCUCCGUCUUCACCCCCCUGGCCCCCUCCUAUCAUGGGCACGUCUUUCCACAUCAGACGUCCACCUCAGCAAUGGCAUGGUUAUUCCAGCUAACACAACUGCCAUGGUCAACAUGUGGUCAAUCACCCACAAUUCUGACGUAUGGGAUCACCCUUUCACGUUUGAGCCCGAGAGGUUCUUAAUUUCUGCAGGUGGUUCUAAUGUUGACGUAAGGGGUAAUGACCUUAGGCUGGCACCUUUUGGAGCAGGCCGUAGGGUUUGCCCUGGUAUGAACCUUGGCAUGGUUACGGUUAGCGAGUGGGUGGCUAAGUUGGUUCACCAAUUUGAGUGGGUUCAAGACAUGGGUCGUCCUGUUGACCUAACUGAGGAUUUGAAGCUCUCAUGUGAAAUGAAGCAACCGCUGUGUGCAAAAGUCAUUCCUAGGAAUGGAGCUUCUGAAAUGAUGUAAGCUUUUGUGAGGGGUCCCGUCCGCGUAAAAUAAAGUACUCUCUUUUCAACCUUCCAGGGAUGAACAAGAAACGAAAUAAAGAAUUGAGAGGGCAAAAAUGUCAUUCUUCUUGUUAUUAAAGGGUUGACUUAAUUUUCUGUUUUAUUUAACAUGCAUGUAUGUCAAUAUUGGCGAAAUUAGUUACCGAU